UAUAGCAACGCCAGGCGACCUCGAGGAGUCUCAGCAGCUCGUUUAACUUUAUUAACGUAGUCAUGGCUUUACCUGUUUUACCUGGAAAUUCUUUCAACAAAACCCUGGGAAAAGAAAAAUUUCACAAGUCUCAACAUUUCGAUUACUCAAAUGGAGUCCCAAUGAUGGUGGGAGCCAAGAAGCCAGGCAUCGGAGGAGAACUGCUCCUGGGCCAGAAGACCGUGCCUCAGAACUCUUUGUUUCCAAAAGGAGAGGGCAGUGAUGCCCCUUCAUGGGUGGCUUUUGACAGACAGGUGCUUUGCUUUGAUGCUUACUUCCAAGAAGCUGUUACUCAGAGUAGAGAGGAAACAAACAGAAUCAGAAAAUGUAAGAUCUACUUCUACUUGGAAGAUGACACCAUACAAGUUGUGGAGCCAGAGCUGAAGAAUAGUGGCAUCCCACAAGGAACACUUAUCCGCCGCCACCGCAUUCCUCUUCCCGCUCCCAGUGAUGACCAGUUUUACAAUUUACACCACUUUAAUAUUAACCAGGAUGUGGUGUUCUACUCCAGGACCUUUAGGAUAACAGACUGUGACACUUUCACCCGCCACUUCCUGAGGAAAAUAGGGGUACGAAUCAAUCCCCCUGCUGCAGCACCAGAAGAUCCCUAUACAAAACUUCGACAGGAGCUGGAGGACAGCAUGAAGCCACUGCGCCCAUAUGAGAGGCAGGAUACUUUGAAACAAUUCCUGGAGCACGAUCGUGAUGUCCUACGCUUUUAUUGCUACUGGGAUGAUACCCAGAGCAUGUUUGGAGACCCCAGAGAGCUGAUCCUCCACUACUUCUUGGCAGAUGAUACCAUAGAAAUCCGAGAAGUGGUCUAUCCAAACUCUGGCAGAGAUGCAGCCCCUAAAUUUUUGAACAGAAGUAAACUUCCAAAGCAAGCGCCUUCUCCGAAACGUCAGCCUGGAGAAAUUACAGAGCGCACUAUCCUUAAUGUGUUUGGACCGAUGGGACUCGGAGGUCGCUACAUUUUGGAUAACCUCAAAACUGGGGCUGUGCAGGAGGAGUUCUACAAGGACUGUGACCUGACCAUAGGAGGGGUCAUUAAUGUCUGGGGACGGAAAGUGAUGAUCUGUGACUGUGACAACUUCACCAAAGAGUACUAUCGCUCCAAAUAUGGCAUUGAGGACUUCACCCCAGUGCAGUACAAGGCCCCCCCACCUGCUAAAGCAGCCAAACAGAUGCCUCCUUACACUGGCUUUGGCUCUGAAGAGGAUUCACUCUGCUCCUGCCAGGGUCUGCUCCCCAAGCCACCACAGAAAGACUUCAGGAAGCUGAUGGAGAAAGACAGGCAUGGUCUGGAGAGCAAUAUUCUUCGAUUUGUUGGCAAAAUGCUAACAGAUAACACCAUUGACAAGGACCGCACCUUCAUCAUUUCAUUCUACCUUAGCGAUGACACUAUAACAAUGUUUGAACCCACCCAGAGGAACUCAGGGGUGAUUGGUGGUAAGUUCUUGGAGAGAAGCCGGGUGAAGAAGCCAGGGCAGGAGCUGUUCAAGAGUGAGAUGUCUGAGUACUACAAGGCUCAGGACUUGUAUGUGGGAGCAAAGAUUAUUAUAAGCAACCAGCCCUUCCAGCUUGUGGAUGCUGAUGAUUAUGCUUUCAACUAUAUGGAGCAGCAUGCAGAAGAGUUCCCCAGGGCCAACAUUGGCACCAUUUUGAGCAAGUUAAGGUCCAUCAGUGAAGACAAACAGAAGGAAAUCAAACGGUUCUUAGCACAAAGCGACCCAGGCAACACCGGCCUCAUUCCUUAUGAGUCCUUCAGGUCUCUGUUGGCAGAUACAGGCUGUCAGCUGUCGGAGCAUGAGAUCAUGAUGUUAGGCCGUACCUACUCGUUACGGGAACAGCCUGAGCUGAAUGUGGGCUUCAUGCUAGCUGUGGCUCAGGACCACCUGAGGAAGAAACACUUUGAGAGCUUCUCAGCCAUGCUCCGAGCUUUCACACACGAGGAUCGGGACAGAACUGGGCACCUUUCCACCAAAGAAGCUAGGAUCAUCUGUAAAGCCUUCCGCUUACCACUGGCUGAUGACCUCCUGAGAGCCCUUCUGCAGAAAUUUGAGAAUGAGUCUGGGAACAUGGAUUACAACGCCUUUCUCUCAGGGAUCAACUGGAGAGAGAAUCCUUCCCUACCUCUUCUACCAGAUGAAGCCUUGAAGUGCCUCCUUUCAGGCUUUGUCUGCCAUCGUUAGCAGACACAACCACACACAUGCAUGGAGCUGAGAAAGAGAGUGUGUUUGGAAAAGUGGGCCAGGUGGCAGAGUUCCAGGUCUUGGCCCUCACCCUACCGCAGAGUAUUCAAGCACCUCCAAGCCUCACCUCAUUUAAAUCAGCCUUGAGAAAAACCCACUCAAGAUCUGCUCAAAAGUAGUCCUUUUAUUGCAGCACUUUAAUUUAGCGUGCCCUGCCACGUAACGGCCUAAGCAGAACCAUCUGCCUCAGCAUUCAAUGAGAGGAGAAUAGGGAAAGUAAAGGACUUGUUUCGCCAGCAGAUGGGGCUUCUGAAUGUGUUGCUUGUUUUGUCUUAAUCAGAAGUGCAGGCCAUAGACCAGACCAGAGUGUUUGUGAACAUAAAUGUUGGCUGGACUUCCGGGGGGAUAACUCACAUCCACUCAGCAGUGAAAGCAGCUUAUUUUAAGUAGUAGUAAAUAUAAACAAUACAGACGGAACCAAAAUAUUGUGAAUAAUAGUAGAAUAUUGUUGCGUUGAGGCUGUCUAUUGCGUUUUAGUGAAAUGGCUUUGUGUGCUUUCGAGAAUUAUGAGGAUGCCCCGUUUCCACGUUACUGCUGAGAGAGGGCAUCCAAGAGGGAUAAAUGGAAAAUGGAAAAAAAAAAACAUGCAAAAGUGGCUUUUACCUCAGUAGUUUUUUUCAGACUUUUAAGAGGAAACAGGAUCAGAAAAGGUAACACAUGCACCAAAGAACAUACGGGUUCUGGUUUUAAUUUUUUGCCCAUUGUCCAACCUUCGAAAGCUGAUGCUCAAGGUAAUAUGAAACCCACUGGCUGACAGUGAAUGCAUCAUAAGUUUGGAGCUUUUAUCAUAGCAGAUAAAAUAACUACUUAUAAGGUCAGGUUUUGUCACUAAACACUGCAAUGAAAGUGUAAAUCACACCCAGUUUUGGUAAUUGUUGUCAUAGUGAGAAGAUAAGUUUAAAAUAGAAGCACACAGGAUUGACUGUAUCAACAAUGAUUAUUACAGACAUUAGACAAUGACAUUAGGAGCGCAUAGUUCGCCAGAAUUUAGUACCAAAUAUGUACACACUAUCUGAGUAUUUGGAUGUUUCAUGACAAGAUCACUGAAAAUGUCCUGUAUUUUCAAAUACCUUGGUUAAAUAAUGGUAGAAAAUCCAGAAAUCCUGUUGGAUCAGUGCAGUGCUACCAGCGUUAUCCACCUGGAAGUAAGUUCUUUGUUGAUGUGACGUCAUAUUUCCUCUACAUCAGAAUUCUUAUCCUAGUAGUGCCUUUCCGUUUGCUUUACUUUGCUUUGCAUGUACUUUGGUUGCUUCCAUGCAGCUUUUCUGACUGUGACUGUCACUGGUUUCCAGCCUUUUUGUCUUGCGCUUCCUAAGCCUACAUUAGAAGGCCACACAAUGGUGGAAUACUCCGCCUUUAUGAAAGAACUCUCCAGAUACACAGAAGAGGAGUGACAUCAUCUUCGUCAUCAUGCCAUGCUGCUGCAGGACAUCGUUUGAAGAAAAAUGACCUGACCUGUUUUUUUUUUUCUUUUCAUUUUACUGCCAUUCCUUGUUGUGCUUAAGCUUAGCUAGCCACGUGUCUGCAGUAGUUUCAGUUACUAUUAUUUCUCUGUGACUUCUUAAUCAUACAGUAAAAUAAUACCUUACAAAUAUUAUUGCUGACUUUUUUGUGUAUUAUGAGGAAACCUGUCGUCUCUCACUUGUGACCAUUUGUGUAAACUCGGUGUGGCGUUAUGACGAUAUUUUACUAUUAUUGUGAUAAAUUGUCAACACUUUUUGAAGAAUUUUGUGCCUGCCAUAUGUGUCGCCGGUGCUUAAAGAACUGCAGGUUUCAUUACAGAGAGAGCAUACAUGGAAAGAAAAAUGAAAAAAGAGAUAUCUCUUUCAUAUCUCUGUAGUUUCUUCUAGACAACAAUGAGAUCACAUAUUCAGACAGAGGAGUCCUGCUGAUCAGAUGUUUCUCCUGAGCACCCAGUGAUCUCACAUUUCUUUUAGUAGAGAUCUCAAAAAAGCCCAUUUUUGUAAUUAUUUUAUCAUUUAUAAUACAGUGUGCUCAUCCAAGUCAUACAAGACUAAGAGCCUCUCAGUUUUGAUGCUGUGAAUAACUAUUAUAAUUUUAAUGUGGACCAGAAGAAUCUCUGAAGAAACAUAAUCACCAUUAAGUCUCCUGAGCCAUUAAAGAGCAACAUUUGAGAAAUAAAUUAAUCUGGGUUACUAGUCCUGUUGAAUAGGAUUUAAUGCAGUAUGUGAAAUUAAAACAUGGCGUAGAGAUGUAUUGUGUCGGUUCCUUCUUAAGAAAAACAUAUAUUGUAAAACAUUGUUUAUGAAAAUACUCAGUUAUCAUGAUGCAAUAUUUAUUAUGAAUAUUGUCUGACCCAAAGCAUAUUAUGCCCAAUAUUUCUAAAAGAGACUGUGAAUGAAAGCAAACCACAGUUUUUUCGCCUAUUCAAUAAAAAAUAAAUCGCCGUCCCUGUGGUUAACAAAGUGGUUCUGAGCCUGAUAUGUUUUUCCUCUGAAUGUCACUGGAUUCUCUUAUUUAUGAGGUCGUUAAAGAGACAAAAUAUGAAUUCCCACUUGUGUAAGCUAACAUAGCUGCACGCUGACUUGACAUCAUAUGACAGGCGACCACACAGGCAUGGUGCUCCUUCCAAAUUUCACUUAUUCCAUAACUCCAUGUAGCAGUGGGCAAAACGUAUCUGGUUUAAAAAUCUUUUGUUAACCACAGCGGUGAUUAAUUUUUGUCAUAGGGAACUCCAGCUUAGACCCGGAGUUUCUAAUAUGGUCAUGACGCCUAUAGAACUCAAUGGGCUGAUGCUUGAGUACAGUGAGAGAAGUCUAAAUGUUGUCUGUGGUAGUCAAACACAUGCUAAAGAUCUAGCAGACAUGCUGCAGUUAUUAAUGAACUGAUAAGUAUUGACUAUGGCAGAAGCACAAGCAAGAAUGUAUGUUCGGUCAGCCCCAGCACAUGUACAAUGCUGAACUGUUCAAAAUCUGUCCUGCUAUUAAUUGCAGUUUGAUGUAGACUGGAAUGGAGAAGCUGUGCGCCCUGCAGUAAUAACCGUCAACUACUCUUUGUUACUGGACGAUGUCUUUGGCAGUGUUGGCAACAGUAAUUUCAGCUGAGAGGUAUGGAGAUCACCUCUCUCCAACAUGAC